AUGCCCGACCUCAAGCAACACAAGAGAGUGACAUGUUACUCUACAGCGACCUUGUCGCUGAGACCCGGAGAAGAGCGGGUGAUCAAAGUGAAAUUCAGUGCGAAAAUCCCUGAAGGCCAGUGGGUUGACGAUCAAUACGACUGUGCCAUCAAGGGUGAAUGGGCGGACAACCCCCACACUGAUGACCCGGGGAAUCACCGCAAUGGAAUGGUCUUAGUAGGAAGGAGUAGAACUGACAUCGGAGGAUUCAUGUGGGAAGGGGACGGUACGCGUUAUGGACAGACUUACGUCAAGAAUACGCACCAGAACUUACCUAUCAGGAUCGAACGCGGACAGGAACUAGGAGAAACCAAUGUCAUUAGCGGAGUGGUCACAGUAUUUUAUAGUGGAAUCGGUGGAUUCGAUAAGGGGUUGCAGAGAGCUUGGGAAAAGCAUGGGGCGGCGUUCAAAGUCGUCUUAGCCAUAGACAACUGCGAGCUCAGCAACGAGAUUCACCAAAACACUUUCCCAGGAGUGACUGUUGUAAAUCACAUACUGGGCAAAUCAUUCAAGACCACAAUGGACUUGAUCAGCGAAUAUGUACCACGGGAGCAGUGGAGCUCGAUGUACUGGCAUGCUAGCCCAUCGUGCAUUGAAGGUUCCACUGCCAACAUGCAGAAGAGGAAUGUGAAGGAGUUUGUAAAGCUCACACUAUGGACCCUCAGUCUCAUGAGGCAAUGCAGGCCAGGAAUGUGGACCCUGGAACAGAUCCCUGUAAUCGCUAGAUACGUGAUGUUGGAGACGCCAUAUGCUGAAGUCUUGAACAUGCGUGAAUUCACAGCCCAGACGUCCGACAGGAAAAGACUCAUCGCCUCUAAAAGAGACCUGAAGCUGCAGAAGCUGUCCGCGGAGGAAUACAAAGAAAAAUUUAUAUCUCCGAAGAGGAUGCUAAUGGAGGCAUACGAUCUCAUAGACAAGGAGAUCGAGCUAAUACGUAACGGGCAUAACUACGUAAGGUCAGCAGAAGAGCCGGCCUACACAAUCACUGGUAACCCAAUUCAGUAUGGUCCGCAGGGACCCGACAUGAAACCAGUAAAGACACCAGAGUUGCUGAGAAUGAUGGAUAUUGAAGAGGGAGACUUUCAAUUCCCAGAUGACCUCAACGCAACGAGGAUGUUAAAAUUAUGUUGCCAGUGCAUACCACCGUCGUUCUCGGAAGAGAUGACAGUAGCAGUGCUAAACACUUGGCAUGAUUCUAAUAAGAAAAAUAUACACAACCAUUUCGAAGACAUAUUCCAUGGAUUCGGGGUCGAAUCCGAAAUUUUUGCGGGGGACCCAGUGGCCAUGAGAACGGGAUGGGACGAGUUGAGGGACAAUGUAGUUCCCGACAUUGCAAUGGUUAUGGAUCAGGACACUUGGCGCAUAGGAAGAGUGGCGGAACAUGACCAUGAAAAGAAGAGAAAAUUGGUAUGUUUGGCGUAUAACAUGGCAGUUGCCUGGUAUGACGAAGACGCAGUCUGCAAGCCAGACGGAAGGUUAAACACACGACACAUGACAAAGGAAGACCUAGCAAAAGCUUCGGUCAAAGCACAUACAAUGCAAACUGAGUAUGCUCAGGAGCCUUUGAAUAUGAGCGUGAUAGACUUGCCUGACAUCUGCAAGGACGUGCGUCCCAGACCAGACAGAAACCGUGAGGACCCCAAAUAUGAUAAUAUAGAUCGGCCAGCGAUUGUGUUCGACCCUAGGCGAAGGGUGUUCGAGCGCUAUAGCCUGGAAGAAAUAGAGCAAAAGUUCCUGCCGUACGAUUACGAUACAGCAGGGGAAUUUAUAUAUGAGGUUAAGCCGUCAGAAGGAACCGACAUCUCCCCAGAAGGAUGCCUAAUUCCGCCGAACACUAAGGGAAUAUCUACAAGUAGUGCAUGGCGAGAGCAGGUAGACCACCUACUGUUGGAUAAGAUAAUGAAUAAUCGUAAACUGAUGGCAAAACUAGGAGGCAUGAGUCUCCCUGAGGAUGGUGGCGCUGCCAAUGAUGGCGCGCCAGAAGGAGUAUCCUUCCUGAUGGGUAUCAGUCACAUGACUGGAGUACCCUUCUCCAUCAUGCACGACCCCACCAUAGCUGACUUGUGGAUGGCGUUGAGAGACAUGUUCUUGACAAUAAACCAGGGGCGUGUCAAAGGCAACAAGCUCACCAAUAUUAAAAUUUCGAUCGCCUCCAGAGAUGGGAAAACCCGCUCUAGCGCAAAAGACUUAGGAACCGCUGUCAUGACUUCAGGAGGGCCCAACGUGGACAGCCACGUACUGGUCUCAGAGCCUGAGAGGCGAGUCGACACGUGGGGCCGGUUAUGCGAAAUCAAUAGGCGAACCGGGAUUACGCAUGAACUAGGAGCAGGGGUUCGAUGGACCAUAACCUUCUAUUCAGAUUUCAGGAACAGGUUCAGUCAAAACACAGCAGUUCAAUUGAUGGACUCCGUCACUGACGGAACCUUGUGGGGUGCUAACCAGCAUCCACAGAAAGAUACUGAGGCUGAGGGAGCAGCUGCGAACUCAACCGAAACAACCGCGGAAGCCGAAGUUUGGCCACCGUGGAAAAACGCCGACAGGGAUGAGCGAGGGUUACCGUUGCCUGACCAGCCCAGAGACUUAGGCGUCGACGAUAAGUGGCGAGUAAAACCCGCUACGGAUCAAGAAUUAAUUGACACCAUGAAAAGGAUUGGUGUGACAGAUAACCCAGUGCUCGGCGACUCCAUGAAGCAGCAUUUCAAAGAGAUGAUAGCGUACUGUUGGGAUCGCUGGUUGUGGACCGAUGUGGUCGCUGUGGUAGAUGAUGUAGCAAUGGGUAGCUCGGAUGAGGAACACCAUUUGCGACUGGUUACCGACGUCGUGUGUACGUUAGCAGCCAAAGGAUUCUCUGUGAAAGCAGAGAAAAUGCAGCUUUUUAUUAAGCUAGGUGAGAUGGACACGAAUGGAUUGCGCAGCAGCGGGGCCGAGUUUAUGGUCACGUGGGGCGAAAGCCUCCAGCAUGGCGCAGUAGGCGAAACCAACCUGACAGAAGCGUUCUCAAAUGAAACACUCUCUAACGAGGGCGUUGAGAUUCAAAUUUUGAAGGGGGUGGCCAUGCCUACAAUUAGUGAAAAUGAUGAUGAAAGCAAAGAAACAGAUAGCUCACAGGAUCAAGAAACCCUGAAAGAAAUAGACCAGGCUAAAAGAGCCCGGAUCGCGUUGCAAGCAAGUGACACGAUCACAGAUAAACAGUAUCAAGAUGCGGCUGUCGACGACCCAUUUUUCUUAAAGAUACAAAAACAACUUAACGCCAGUGACCCCAGCAAAAAGGCGAAGGCGCAGAAGCGUUGGUUGAUAGAUGACGGCAUACUGUGGCAGCGUGAGGAUGGUAAAAAGGAGCUCAAGUCGAGACAGUACCCUUCAAGAUUUGAAACAGAGAUUAUACUGGCCAAACAUGGACGCAGAUGUACCAAGAUUACUACUUGGGAGAACGCCGAACUGAUGAUGCUGCUCGAAAGAAUAAAGAGCAACUUUGACUGCGAAAUGUCUCCAUUUCAUCACUUUCGUAGAUCGUUUCAACUUGGCGAUGGUUCUGGACUUGGUCUGGUCACUGCAGCGGUACAUCAUGACCGCGCGGGCAUCUCCCUUACUCAAGCAACGUGUACCUACAACGUGGGCUGCUACACUGGAGGCGAGCUUAAUCAUUACCAGGCCGCCGCGGACGUCUACGGCGUCGUCGUGUGCCUCGUGACAUCACGAGGAGCGCGGCAUCUUCCGCGUCGAGCCGCGCGCGCGGCUGGAGGCGCCGCGGCCGGACGCGCCGCCCAUUCCGAACGCGCCGCCGCCGCGGUCGCUGGGGUCUCGGGAAUUCGACGAGGAGGUCGCCCACGUCGGCGAGAUCUGGUGCUGCCCUGGCGCAUCCCGCCGCAGCGGGCGUUCACGAAGCGCGGCGGCGACAUCCAGCGCUACGUCGUGCGGGGCUACGUCAAGGGCGAGGAGAUCGAGGUCAAGCACAACGCCGUGGGCCCCGCCGUCGCGCGGCGGCACCGCCGCGACUUCUGCGCGAAUCCCGUCAUCGACCGCGGCAUCGCGCUGCGGCAGAAUCUGGGGCUGCCCGUGCCCGACACGGCGUCGACGCUCAUCCACGGCCUGACGCCGUCCGUGUCCUACCACUUCACCGUGUCCUGCGUCGCGGAGAUCGACGACGAGAUCCGCGAGUCGCCGCCGAGCCUCAUGUCGAAGCCCCUGGAGAUCCCGGCGAUCGACGACGAGGACUGGAACACGGGCGAGAUCAUCGAGAAGGUGCUGAGCUACAGCUCGAGCAGCCGCACGCACCACCGGACCCACGGCGACGGCCACGCCCAGGUCCUCGUGCCGGGCGACGCGCCGCGGGCCAACGACGCGGAGAUCGCGGACGCUCAUGGGCGAUUGUCGUGGUCUGGAAAAUCUUUUUGCAUGAACUCCCGGACCGGAGCCGAGGUGGCGAAGAUGUCGACAAUGAGUUUCUUGAACUGGUCGCUCUUGCGUCCCUCCGGCAUCAAAGUCUGUCGGAUGUCGUACUUUGUCGUUUCGACCAAAACAGCGCGCGCCUCGCCGACAGUCGACAUAUCUGAUGCCUCCAAGGGAGGAGACGCGGCCCACAGAUACCAAUUGGGUGGUGUCACUCAUUUUCUUGAUUUCAAGCACAGGUCAGAGGCCCUUGGAAGAGGGGCACAUGGCGCUAAAUGUGCGAAACUGUACGCCAAAGCAUAUUACGCAACAACGGAGGAUGAUUUGGAACGUGCGAUAGACGCCAUCAAUGAUGACACCUUUGCAAAGCAGAGGAUUUUUGAAAAUGGAUGGUCUGCAGAAAACCAAUUCCCUUUAAGGGUAGAGCUAGGGCGUUUGAAGACGUCCUCAUGUGUGGAAAGUGCAAACCAUAGCAAACGCGGCCGGCGGGGAUGA